AUGGGUGUCGAAACUCGACGGUCGAAAUCUCAGAAACGAGAUAAGCUUUCAGUCUCCACGAGCGGUCGCGUAAAUGGUCACUCGAACGGCGACAUGAGCAAUAUAGAGAUGCGGCGGAAAACCGCUGCGCCGCAAGAGUCAGGCCAGGUCACGGCAAACCUCAUAGGCCGUGAAUCAUUCUCCCUCGACGAUAAUAUUCCGAAAACGCCCUCGGCGAACAAUCAUGGAUUCUGGGAACUUCCCUUGCAAGAUCAGAGGAAUUUUAUGUUACUUGUGCUGCUAUAUUUCUUACAAGGCGUCCCUAUGGGUCUUGCAAGUGGAUCGGUACCAUUCCUUCUUAAAGAGCACCUCUCAUUUGGAGAAAUUGGUGUCUUCAGCUUAGCGUCAUAUCCGUACUCGUUAAAAUUGUUAUGGAGCCCGAUAGUAGAUGCGGUAUGGAGUCCCAAAGUCGGAAGGAGAAAAAGCUGGAUUCUUCCAAUUCAGUUGAUAUCUGGGUUCAGCAUGUUAUACCUCGGGUCCAUGAUCGAGGGUUUGAUGGCCACGACGGGCAAGCCAGGCGGCCCGAGCAUUUGGAAUUUCACGGGUUGGUGGUUCUUUCUGGUUUUUAUGUGCGCGACUCAGGACAUCGCCGUUGAUGGGUGGGCCCUCACUUUGCUGACACCGGGAAAUGUUUCUUACGCUUCAACGGCGCAGACGGUCGGUCUAACAGCCGGCCAGUUCCUAUCUUACACCGUCUUCCUGGCCUUUAAUUCUAACGAUUUUGCCAACCGCUAUUUCCGCUCCGUACCAUCAGAGGAGGGCCUCUUAAGCCUAGGGGGCUACUUGACCUUCUGGGGCUGGGCUUACAUUGCAAUCACUAUUGGACUUGCACUUCUUAAGAAGGAAGAAAAGACAAGGAAUGAGGAUGGUAUCUGGGAUGUUUACAAGAUAAUGUGGGAUGUCUUGAAACUACGAAAUAUCCAGACCAUAAUUAUCGUUCAUCUUAUUUCGAAGAUCGGAUUUCAAGCCAACGAUGCCGUGACGAACCUUAAGUUAUUAGAAAAGGGAUUUGGCAAAGAGAAUCUGGCGCUGACGGUCCUCAUUGACUUUCCUUUCGAAAUAGGCCUAGGUUAUUAUGCCGGCAAGUGGUCUCAAGAGUAUACACCUAUGCGCCUCUGGUGCUGGGGCUUCGUGGGUCGACUGAUCGCUGCUAUCUUUGCUCAGAUCACCGUCAGUGCUUUUCCAGCUGGUGGUGUCCAACCUUGGUAUCUUCUUCUCGUUAUUGGUGAGCACGUCUUCUCGACGUUCACUUCAACAAUCAUGUUCGUUGCUGUUUCUGCAUUCCAUGCUCGGGUUGCCGAUCCUGUCAUCGGCGGAACUUAUAUGACCUUACUUGCUACGGUUUCGAAUCUUGGUGGUACAUUCCCUAGAUAUUUCGUCUUAGGUCUAGUGGAUACCUUUACACAGGCCACAUGCCGUCCCUCGACACAUAAGCUUGACAGCUCGGCGCUCAGAGGGCCGCUUGUAACGCAAGAGUUCUCCUGCGCCGUUCAAGCCGAGAGAGAGCGAUGCGAACACGGCGGUGGUACGUGCGAGACCCUACAUGACGGAUUUUAUAUUGUGAACGUCCUCUGCGUCAUCGUAGGGGUGUUGACUUUCACUCUAUAUAUCAGAAAGAGGGUUCUGAUAUUACAAAAUCUACCAUUAAGGGCGUGGAGGUUAGCUGGAUCUCGGUAA